UAUCCUAUCAUUUUUUUUUUUUUUAAUCUUACCUGUUGUAUAUGCUUACAUUUGUAUUAUAUAAAAUAUAGAAACCAUACAAAUGUGGAUUUUUUUUGCUGCUUAACCAUUACUGUUGAUUCAAAAUGGCUGUUGAAGAUAAAAAAUUGGCAUUAAAAAAAAUUUUUUUGAGAUAUAUUCAUCCUUUAAAAUCUAUUACCAACAAUUUGGAUCAAAAAGAAUGUUGGAUAGAACAAAUGACCUAUUUGAUUAAAGACUUUAAAACACUUCUCAACCUACCAUUUAAAGAAUUUUGGUCUACAAUCGUCUAUAACAAACAAGCUACAAUAGGAUUAUGCUCAUUUCUUAAAGACGCUGCUCCUCCUCACUUAAUAGAUCAACUUCCACAAGAUGAUAAUAUGUUAAAUAUGUACAGUAAAAUUUAUCAUUUUGCAUAUCGAUUAAUAACUCGGUUGACUACAUCUUCUGAGAAUGAAGAGAAUUAUAUGUCACCUCAUCAUAUGUGGAGUUUGUUAUGUGAUAACAAUAUUAUAAAUAUUCCCAUGUUAUUUGAUAUUUGUUCUAUUUAUGGUCAAUCACAUAAAAAAGAGUUAGAAAUAAUAUUCAGAGAAAUGUUUUUGUGUCAAAAAUCAUAUAAUGAACAUUUAAAAAAUUCUAUUCAAUUUACUAUUAAAUGCUUAGGUCAAUUUCAAGAUAAAAUUGAAUUAGAUCUUGAGUGUGAUAACCAUUUAUACAGAGGUAAUAAAACUGCUGCUGAAAUUGAAGAAAUCAAUAUUAUCAUGAUUGACGAUAUUAUAAAUUUUCUAUUAGAUACUUCUUAUAGCAUUUCAAAUUUUCUAGAAGUUUACCCGAUUGCCAAUAGUGUUUUUUACCAAGAAAGAUUGCAUUUCAUUAUUGCUUCAUUCUAUCACUAUGUUAAACCUCUAAUUUAUAAAAAAGUAAUAACUAUAAAUAAAUUGAAACAAUAUGAGAAGAAGCUUCAUGCAUCAAGGUUAUUACUUGUAAAGAGUGUUCAAUUAUGUUUAACUCAUCUAACAAACCAAAUUAUUGACAAAAAUGGAUCAGAUGGUUUAGUUGAAGAAUACCUUGAAGCUGUUACUGAACUAUUACAAUAUAACGAAUUUUUAAAUGAUUAUAAUGUUGUUUAUAAUUUGACUAGAGAUAUAAAAAAAUGCCAGAAAACUUAUAAAGAAAUAGAUGCAACAAGGUAUGAUUAUAUAUUAAAAUCUUUAGAACUAAUUAAUACAUCAAACAAUGAACGUGAACAAAAAAUGCUACAAGAGCAACUAUUAGAGCAACAAACCAGCAAUUUAAAUUUAGAAAAUGCAAAAUUACAGUCUCUUAUAAGCGAUGUAAAGGAUUUACUACCCCACUUAGGCAAUGGAUUUAUCCAAAAAUGUUUAGAAUUUUAUAAUAUGGAUUCUGAAAAAGUUAUAAAUAUGGUUUUGGAAAAUAGUCUGCCUCCAGAACUUACUCAGUAUGAUUUCAAUCUCCCUACCGCAUUAGAAGAUAAUAAUGAAGAUAAUGCUACUGGUUUUGAUUCAUCAACUAAAGGCAAAAAAAAACUUAAAAAACUUAAAGCUGUUUUGGAUGAUAAAUCUUUUCGUAACGAAAUGCGACCAUUUUAUGAACAGUAUAAUUUCACUGAAGUUACUUGUGCUGAAUUAGAGUCUUAUUAUGACGAUGAAUAUGAUGACACAUAUGAUGAAGUGGAAUAUGUUAUACCAGAACCCGCAGAUGAAAAUGAAAAAAGAAGACCUGACGUUGUACCAAGGGUUUUAACUGAAAAAAAAGUAAUUAUUGAAUGUGUAGAAGAAGAAUUUUCUGAAGAUGAACCACAACAAAUAUUAAAUUUCCAACCAUUCUGUGAAAAUCCUGAAGAAGUUCGUGAACGACAAGCUAGGAAAUAUGCUUCUAAGCAAUUAAAUAGGUCCAAUCGUAGUAAACCUAAAGCAUCUAUUCCAUCAAAUACUCUUUCUGGAUCAAAUGUUGACUUAGAUAGACAACGGAAAAAUGAGAAUAAAGCAUUCCAUGGAAAUCAUAACAGAAGAAAUGCAGCUAGGAGUAAACAACAAAAAGGAAUGUUUUAAUGUUAAAUUUAUUUAAUUUUAUGGAAAUAUUUAAAAAAAUAUAUAAUUCAGAUAAAC